CUAAAACACAUCAAUCUUCUUCAUACAUCCCUCCAAACCUCCGAUUGUUAACCCCAGUUUGCGCGAAUGGAUUCCGAGCAGCUUUCUUCCGAGAUGAUCAUGGAGAUAAUGUCGCGAGCAUCGUUAAAAACUCUUGACAUCAUGCGUUGCGUAAACAAAGAAUUUAACGCGCUCACAUACGAGUCGUAUCUUCUUGAUCUACACAAGAAAAGAAACAAGAUCGUGUCGGGUUUUCUCGUACAAUGUAUGAAAAAUGGUUGGAUGCACAUCAAAGAGUUUGCACCGUCACCUGAAUCAAACAAUAUUGAUCUUGGUUUUCUUCCAUAUAAUGCUCGAAUUCUUGCAACAUCGGAGCAAGGACUCAUGGUGUUUAAAAAUCCUGAUUUGAAAGAUUACAGGAAAGAUUUGUACCAUGUUUGUAAACCUGCGACUAAACAGGUUUUGACAUUGCCGAGACCCAAAGAAAAGCAUACAUAUGCAAAGUUUGCGAUUGUGGUGAUGAGUUUGAAGCCACUACAUUACAAGAUCAUCAGAUUUUCUGAGUGCCCUGAUUUGAGACGGGGGAAAAAGUUGACGUAUCAUUGUGAUAUAUUCGACUCAGUGACGUGGAAAUGGCGAUCACUUAAGCAUGUAACGCUGGCUGACGGUGUUUUCUUGACCAACCAGCAACCAGUCACAAAGAGCGGUUCCAUAUACAUGUUAUUAACAAAUAAUAACAUCUUAAAAUUUGACGCGUAUUCUGAAAAAUGGGAAGUCUUUUCGUCUCCUAUUCCGUAUGAUGAAUCAAGGACAUCAGUUGAGUUGGUUAAGUAUGGGGGAAGAUUGGGGCUGGCUUGUAACCCACCGAAUACAAAUGGUUGUUGGGAGAUUCAGGUUCUAACAAAGGAUGGUUUGUUGGAGAAAGAAGGUGUUGCGGUUGCUAAAUGCGAGAGUAAAAGGGAGGAACUAAAGGCGUUAUAUGAUUCGGAUACAAGCGUUAUGGUGGAUAUUGAGACAUUAUUGUUUUACCGCCGGUUUAAUCAACAAGGCAAUAACAUGAUCCACAAGGUGGUAUUAAAUGGCAGCUGGCCUUAUGAAAUCUUCUCCUUUCGUUCGGAUUUUGAGCCAAUGGAUUUAAAGUAGACAUUCGUCAAUGGAUCUUAUUGUUUAUUCUGAUUUCUAGACUCAAACGGUUGUAAAUGUCGAUGAUAUAUAGAUAUGUAGUUUUGUUAUAAACAAUAUGUUGGUUUAGGCUCUAUGAAAUACACAUUACACACACUAUUGGGAAGA